UAAUUUCACUUUCUGUUCUGUUGAACUGAGACGUCAGGGGCCAGGCAGUCACUUAGAUUUUCUGCUGUCUGUUGAUCAAGAUUUCUCUCGAUGGAGGAGAAAGAAGCAACCCGGACCUGCCGCCAGUGCCACAGAGAGGUUGCAGAGGCUAACUUCGCUCUGCAUGAAACUCACUGCAGACGCUUCCUAUGUGUCUGUCCUGACUGUGAUGAAGCAGUUCCCAAAGAUCAACUGGACCAGCACAGAGAGGAACAGCAUACCCAGGUGAGAUGCUCCAAAUGUAACAAGAAGAUGGAACGCCGUCACCUUAUAGACCAUGAGUCUGAUGAGUGUGUGGAGCGUCUGCAGAGCUGUCAGUACUGUGAGCUGGAGCUGCCAUGGAAGGAGCUGGAUGAACACCAUGUGGCCUGCGGAAGUCGCACCGAGCUCUGCAGGGAGUGCGGCCGCUACGUCACCCUGAGGGACCAGCCCGGGCAUGGCUUGACCUGCUCAGCCACUGACGAUGGCUCCGGUCCACCUCAAACUACCAGCAAACCACCAGCACACAACAUUAAGGAAAAAAUAAGAGUGACUUGCAACAGAUGUAUGGCAUCAUUUCCGGCUGAGGAUAUAGACAAACAUGAGCUGAACUGUGCUCCAGCGACCAGGUCUGAUGAUGUCGAGGAUAAGCCAGAGGAGGAAGAGGGGGAGGAUGAGGAUUAUUUAUCCGAGCGGGGGGGCGCUCUUUGGAUAAACAGCACCUAUAAGUCAAACUCCAUGUCAGACAGAGCCAGUAAUGGACCCUGGGAUGAUGGAGGUGACCCAGAUCAGAUAAGCACCUGCCCCUACUGUCACCUAGCCCUACCCCUCCGCACACUACGUUGGCAUAAGGGAAAGUGCCGAAUCCACGUCAUCCUGAAAUAAAGAGAGAGAGAGCUCCUCGGAAUGGACACUCUGCUUCAGAGAUCUUUUUUUAAAUUUAAUCUUUAACAUUUGAGUGUGCACAAACAUGUACAGUCCACAAUGAGUAUGUCAGUUUACAUAGAUAAAUGGGUAAUGUUAAGUGUGGGCACAUCAUUCUCUCCACUGAUGCCCAAAAAGUCGACUGGGCUUAAGUUUAAAAUUGAGGAUUAGGGCUGAGGUUUGGAAAACAUCCUGAAUAUGUGCCCUCAUCUUCUCUACAUUUGUCACAGCAGGGAUUCACAUUUGGGUAGAUACAAGAUAGUUUGACUUUAAAAGAAACCAGCACAGAGAAAUGUUCAGUCAACCUGCUUGAAGAUCAGAUCCCUUACAUUUGAUCAAUGGUGAAAGAUUUAAAUCCUGCUAGCUGCUUCAGAGAUAUUUGAUCAACAUGCUAUUAUUACCGAAGAGGGGAAGAAAGUAAAUGUGGAGUUCAUGUUUACAUUAAGGUUUGAGUGACCUUUAGUUUGAGUGAGUGCGUUCAUGACUUGUAUGAUGCCUGCAUGAAGAAAACGUGGAUCAGACUCUCUAACUUUGUGGUGUUAAAUACAAACACAGCCAUCAAACUGAAAUGCUAAGUGCCUUUAUCUAAACUAGAGAAUGGUAGUGGUAGUUUAUUAAAACAUAUACACGUCAAUGUCUGAGAUUAAUCCAUAUAUUCAAAUACAUAUGAGCAUACUGACAGAAUGACUAUGACAUGGUGACACUAUCUUACAUGGCCGUUGAAUAAAUGUCAUCUAUCUGAAUAAAGGAAGUGCUUCUCAUGUA